AUGCAUCGAGUACCUCAUGGACGGAACAAUUUGAAUGAUAAACCUAAAGGCGUGGUUUUUCUCCAGCAUGGUCUGUUGUCUUCUUCAGCUGAAUGGGUACUAAUGUCACCUGGCAAAGGCUUUGCCUAUCUUCUAGCAGAUGCUGGCUACGACGUUUGGAUGGGUAAUGCCCGAGGAAACACCUAUUCUAGAAAGCAUGUCACCAUAAAACCAACAUCAUCAUCUUUCUGGAAGUUUAGCUGGCAUGAAAUAGGGUACUAUGACGUACCUGCUAUGAUCGACUACGUUUUAAAAGAAACCGGCGUUCAGAAAAUACAGUACAUCGGUUUUUCGCAAGGAACCGCUGUGUUUUGGGUUAUGAUGUCAACAAGGCCAGAGUACAAUGAAAAAGUUUCGGCAAUGCAAGCUUUAGCACCUGUAGGAUAUGUUGGGAAUAUUAAGAGUCCGCUGAUAAAGGCUAUAGCGCCUUUUACUAAUUCCCUAGAAAUAAUUACAAAAAUAAUAGGACCCGAUGAAAUAUUACCAAACGGUAUCAUAAAUGAACUAGCAGGUCAAAAGUUGUGUAUUGAAGAAGCAAUUACACAAGUCCUAUGCACAAACUUGCUGUUCCUUAUUUGUGGAUUUAAUGAAGAACAGCUGAACACGACGAUGUUACCAGUAGUGCUGGGACAUACUCCAGCAGGAGCUGCAACUAGACAAUUCAUACACUUUGGCCAGCUUUACAACUCUAAAAAAUUUGUUCAAUUCGACUUCGGCAUGAUCGGAAACAAACUACGCUAUGGGACCUUUAAGCCACCACCAUACAAUCUUUCAGCGAUAAGAACACCUGUUUUUUUCCAUUAUGCAGAUAAUGAUUGGUUAUCAACACCAACUGAUGUCAAGAAGUUAUCUGAUGAAAUACCAUCAUCAGUAGGGAUAUACAGAGUUCCUCACGCCAAAUUCAACCAUUUAGAUUUUGUAUUUGCCAAUAACGCAACAGAAUAUAUUUACAAACGAGUAUUAAAUAUCAUGGCAGAAUUUGUUUAA